AAAUUGCAGGCACUCUAACGUGCACCUAGUCACUUCGUAUAAAAUACGCUGUGCUUAUUCUCACGCGGUGACGUCACUAAAGGUAACAUAACCUAAGAUUCUUUCAAGAAUCUAAUUUGUUCUGUGAAUCUAAUUUUCGCGGUUUUGAGGUUUUUUAAACGUUGGCAGAUUUGUGAAAUCUGCCCUGUUACAAGUGUACGUAAAAUGUAUUGCCAUGGCCAAAAACAACAAUAAUGAUGAGUUAAAACUAACUAUUGGAAAAUCGUUCAUUUCAUAUGAAGAACUGUGUAAGUUUAUGCGUGAUUAUGGAGCUAAAACCAAACAAGCUUUUUGGAAGAGAAGUAGUCGAAAAAUAGAGGCAAGCCAAGGUAUCAAAAGGGUUAUUAAAGUGGAACUUAUCUACUAUGAAAUAACCUAUGCCUGCAUCCGUGGAGGGCAAAAAUUCUCUUCCAAAAGUAAAGGGCUACGAAAAAAAAAAACAUUAAGGUUUGAACAACCAUGUCAGGCAUUUCUUAAAAUACGUGCAUCAUCAGAUGGAACAAAACUUGAAAUUAAAAGUUUCAGUGAAGAUCAUCUUCAUAGUGAAGCACCAGAGAAAGCCUAUAAGCUCCUGCCUCAAAAUAGAAAACUCAACUGUUCUGAACAAGAAAAAUUGUUGUCAUUUGUGAAGGUAAAGGGCAACAAAAAAAACAUUCAAGUUUGUAAACGGAAAGCGAAUAUAUCAUUAACUGAAAAACGAAAGGUAGCCUUAUCAGUAAAUUCUUCUUUAACAAAUUUGAUGGUGUGUGCAUCUGAUAAUGAAUUUUUUACUCGUGUCAAUACACUUAAAGAAAUAGAAAAUUUAUGGAGGCAGGGCAUUGAAGUAUGUGUAACCCCAAUUGCACCUUUAAGUCAGCAGCAUGGAGAAAAUACAACAAAGCAAAAUGAAAAUGAACUUAAAGGGAAUGCAACUAAAGAGGACAAUAUUACAAAUAUGAGCAAUAAACUGGUUUUUUCUAAAAUUAAUGACAUUAAGAAAGAAAAUAUUGAGAGGGAUACUGAGCAAGCAACUUUUCUCCCAGACAGCUUAAACCAAACGCUUGAUAACAAUACCUUUAAUAUGAGUUUUGUGAGUUGUAAUCCUCAAGAGAUUGAUAAGAUGGACACUGCUCCCUAUUGUAAAUGACCAAUAGAAACCAAUAAAAAAUAAUUAAUUGGUUUGAAAUGUGUUUUGGCGCUAUGAAUCACCAAUUCAUUCCAGUUGAAUUCCUAUUGGUAAUUUCCAAUGAAGUUAGCG